AUGAAGAAGAGUUCUGGUUCCUCUCAGAAACUUGGUUCAUUCCUAAGUCCAGGGACACCAAACUAUAGAGAAAAAAGUACUGGGAGCCAAAACGGGUGGAGCUCAGAGAGGGUGUUGCAGCCAUCAAGCAGCAGCAUAAGGCAUCAAUCUAGUAUGGCUAACUUGACGCCCUUCAACAGUGGAAGAACAAUCCCCUCAAAAUGGGAUGAUGCAGAGAGGUGGAUUUGUAGCCCCGUAUCAGGAUAUUCUAAUAACAAAACUAAUCCCUAUGCACAACUUCAGCGGCGACCCAAAUCAAAAAGUGGUCCGAUUGUACCUCCAGGAGCAGGCUACUACUCCAAUUACUCACCCACAAUUCCACUGCGCCAAGGUUUGGGAGUGAAAAACUUCAUCAUGGGUGGCUCCCCUUUUUCAACGGGAGUGUUGGCACCGGAUGCUAUUGCUCUUCACCAUUAUUAUGGACAUGACGCUGUUUUUGGUCCCCGUUACGACUUUGACAACAGUAUGAAAUGUUCUAGUCCUCUUCUCAACGAUAAUAGUGUAGCUCUCCCAUCAGUGUCUAAUGCACAUGUGUGGUCGGAACUGCUGUGUGACCCAUCUUCGCCUAAUUCUCAAGAUGAGAAACGAAAUGAAACUAAGAAUGAGGACGCAUUGACAUCUCCUCUCUCAAGACGUGAUAAAGGAACUCAAAUGAGCCCUCCUGAAACUGAGAAUGAUGCACCAAAAUCCUCACCCACUUCGACCAUGAAUGAAGAAAAUAGCCAUGCUGCGAAGUUGGAGGUCAGAGAUGUGGAGGUAGACAGUGAGGCUACUAUUAUUAGGUGGUCCAAGAGCCAUGUACCCAGGUUGAGCUUACUACCCGGUAAACAUUCCAGGAAAAGUAGUAGGACGGAAGUCCAACAACCUUCAGGUUUGGAUAUUGCAGAGUCAACGUUGGAUUCUUCCAAGUUUCAGAGAGAGGAAGCCAAAAUCAUUGCAUGGGAGAGUUUGCAGAAAGCCAAGGCUGAAGCUGCAAUACGAAAACUAGAGAUGAAAUUGGAAAAGAAGAAAUCGUCGUCCAUGGAAAAGAUUCUAAACAAGCUGAGAAGGGCGCAGAUGAAGGCUGAAAAGAUGAGAAACCAAAUAACUGUAGAACAGGAUCAGCAGCAGGUUUUCAAUACCCGGAGAGUAUUUUCGUUCCAAAAACAUGCCCAUAUAUGGUCUCCAAGGAACUGCUUCGGCACUCACGCUCCAUGA